AUGGCUGAUGUGCUAAGGAGUCUUAACCUUUUAGAAAUGCUUAAGGAAUCCAUAGAGAAGAACAAUAUUUCAGACAUAAAAGAUGCCGUGGAGGACAUGCUGAUCAGCAGAAUUAACAUUGCAGUCGCUGGUGACAGAAGUGCUGAAAAAGCUGCUUUUAUCAACUCUCUUCGAGGACUCGGUCAAGAAGAUGAAGAAGCGGCUCGUGUUCCAUCUUCUGCUGCCCCGGAGGAACUCGCUGUGUUUCUCAAUCCCAAGCAUCCGGAUUUUCGGCUCUGGGAUUUGCCAUCCAUCCCCAACGAUUCUCAUUUUGAAGCAGAGGAUUAUAUACAGCGUUACAAAGUUAUGCGUUACAAUGCCAUCGUUUUGACAUUCACAGAGAGUCCAAGUGAGAACAGUGUUGCACUGUGGAGGGAACUUCGCUUCUUACAAAAUUAUAAGGUUUACUUUGUCUUAUUAGCCUCCAUAAAAGAAACUGAGAAAACACUGGAAACGAAGAAGAAAGCAAGUCUAGAAGGGCUAAAGGCUGAAGGGGUUCCACUGCCAAAAGUGUUCCUUGUUAACCCAUCUGCUUUGGAUGAACUGGACUUCCAAAUGUUUUUAGAGGCGAUGCGAGGCGACCUUCCGGAAAUCAGGGCACAUGCUCUUAUUUUGGCGCUACCUGCUUUCUCCAUCUCCUUGGUCAACCAGAAAAAAGAUGCGUUUAAGGCGCUGGUGUGGGCAGCGGCAUCUUUAUCUGGUGGGGUUUCUGCCAUUCCCGUGCCCUUUGUGGCCUCCAUGUUGGACGCUACCGUGGCCGUGAGGAUUUUGUCGAAGGCUCAGAUUUCGCUUUGCCUGGAUGAUGAUUCUCUGCUGCGAAUGGCAAGGCAGCGGGGUCUUGACCCAUCCAGGCUGAAGGCUCUGAGGUCAUGUGCUCUUUCUAUUGAGGUCAGCAAGAGUGAGGUUAAAAGACGUCUUGCAGAGGCCGAAAAGGAAACCAGUACCGCUAAAGGAAGACUUGUGGAGCUGGCCAUGCCAAGACAAGCCAGGUCCGUUAGUCGAUCUUUUACCGUUAUGCUACAGGCGCUCAACGCUGCUAUUGAUGACAUGGGUGCUGAUGCUGAGAAAGUGAUUGCCAUGGUAACAGAAAGACAGUAG